AUGCUCGAGCUCCCGGCGAGGGCUUGCCUCGAGGCGGCCCGCGCCGGAGACGCCACUGGCGCCUCACGCCUGCUCGAGGAGGCCUCCCGGCUCGACCCUGCAUCCUCGCUGCCCGUGCUCAAGCUGGCCAACGUGCAGUAUCACCUGGACGGCGACGCCGCCGCCGCGGAGGCGACGUACGAGCGUGCGCUGCGCAUCGAGCCGUCCCACGACGCGCACUUCUUCCUCGGCAGGUUGCGUGCUGCUGCGGGCCGGCACGCAGAGGCGGCCGCCUCCUUUGAGGCGGCGCUGCAGUGCGACGCCUCGUCGGCGGCGUGCCGUGCCGAGCUGCUCGCCUCGUACCUCGCUGCAGGCGAGCCGCAGGAGGAGGCGGAGCUCGGGCUGCUGGCGGCGUGCUGCCGCGCGGACGCGGCGGACGUGGCGAGCCACCGCAAGCUCGCCUCGGCGCUGCAGGAGCGCGGGAGGCUGGCCGAGGCGGCCGAGGCGCUCGAGCGGCUCAUCGCAGCCGAGGCGGCGUACCGCGCUGCGAUCGGCGCGGCGAGGGACGAUAAGCAAGGCCACGAUGCGUACUUCAACCUCGGAAACCUGCUGCGCCGCGCCGACGCGUAUGGCGGUGGUGCCGGAGCGAGGUCGCGAGCCGCCGAGGCGGCGGCGGCGUUCGAGGCCGCGGUCCGUCUCGUGCCGACCUCCGCCGACGCCUACUACCAGCUUCGCCGCCUGCGGGGCGUGCCGCACACAGUGACGUGCCCCGCCGACCAGCCGCUCGUCGAGGUGCGGCCACGCGGGCUGGCGGACAGCGCCUUCAGCGGGCUCGCCGCCGCCGUGCAGUCGCACCCUUGGCUGAUGCGGCCGAAUCGGCUCUCCGAGUCGUUUGCGGGCACGCGCGGCUUUGUGGUCCGCUUCAACCGGCGUGGCCUCGACGCGCGGGUCCGGAGCCAUCCCCAGCUCCAGGGCCUGCUUCCCUUUGUCGACGCUGCGGCGCUGCCCGCCGCAAACGUGUUUGUGCUCAACGACGCGCAGUUGGCCGUCAAGCGCCACCUCGAUAUCACGGGCGCCAUCUGCUCGGCGUCGCACUCGUACGUCGCGCACCAGGUGGACGUGCUCUACGUUGCGGUGCCGGCCGGCAUGCGCGGAGGGCGGCUGCUGGUGUGGCCACCAGAGCCGCCCGGCCGGCCAGCAUCGGUCCCUCCGCCCGCCGAGAUCGUAGCGCCCGCCGCAAACAUUUGGGUUUCUUUCCGGGGCGACGCCAAGCACGGCGUGGAGCGGUGUGAUUUGCCCUCCACCGGCAGCGACGCCGUGCGCGUCUCGCUCGUGCUCGAGCAGUAUGUGUGUCCCGAGGCGGUGCUGCCGCUCUCGCAGACAUUUGAAAUCGUCGGCGUUCGGCCUUGA